UUUACCAUUCACAGCAAAAGAUCUUUUACAUCAAUUGCCGACCAGCUCUACUUAUCGGUCCUCACUGUCCAUCUAGGUCCAGCAAGAGUAGACCUCGCCAUGGUACUGCGGCAACGCAGGAUUGCAACGCUAUUCCUCUUAUUAUCUGAAGCUCGGUCGGUGCAUUCGCUGCAAGGCGUGACGACACCAAUACGAAAACGAAAUUUCUGUGCGUACGCGUUAGGAGAAGCAGAUGAGCUGGCAAGGAGUGUCGGACAACGAAGGGAAAAGAAGAACAAGUAUAUCGAAUUCUCUAAGGUUACGAGUGGAAAAGAUCCAUUUGAAAGCCUUUUGGAAGAGUCCUUUUCCAAACGAAAAGCGCUAGAUGAUGAUAUCGCUCGCAAAGACGAGCUUAGCAGUUCACCACCAAAAAUUGGUAAUUCGGGAAACUUAUCGUUUCCUGACAAUAAGAAUAUUGAUCCGUACGAUCCGACAACUUUUGGGUACAUAGAAGUUGGGAUUGUACGUGGCGCACAUGGCGUACACGGAUGGGUCAAGGUCAAACCAACCACUAGCUUUCCUAUAGAUCGGCUCUGCGUAGCUGGCAUAAAGCACUUGAAACCACCCAAGAAACGCGCCCCACGGAAAGUUCUGUUAUUGGAGGGAAAACGUCGUAAUGCGGAGGAAUAUUUGAUUAAACUUGAACAAAUUAAUGACAGGGAUGAAGCUUUGAAGCUCCGAGGAUCGCUUUUAUACGUGCGAGAAGAAGAAAAAAUGGCGACCGACCAGGAAGAGUACAUGGUAUCCGAUUUGGUAGGCUCUGAGGUGUUUCUGGACACGCUAGAUACAGUUGAAAAUCCGCUGUUUCUUGGCGUUGUGAACGGUGUUGUUUUUGCAGAUGAAAUGUGCUCUAUUCCAGGACUCGGCCACGACAUGUUAGAGGUGGUCCUUCGAAAGGGUCAAGACGGUAUGGCCUCACUCCGCGACGAGCUUGUUCUUAUUCCGAUGGUUCCUCAAAUUGUUACGCAUGUCAGUGCUGCGAAAGGGGUUAUUCACAUUAAUCCACCAUCAGGAUUACUCGAUUUGACGUACUUACGAGAGGAGCGAGCCAAAUUAAAAGGAUUUCUACCACCGGGAAAGGGGUGAAUGCGCCUGAGCUUCAAUUCCAGUUGGUGUUCUACCUUGAAUACAGUGCAUAGUAUGUCAUUUACAACAGUCACGGGAGAUCGAAACAACAAAGGCAAGCAGAGCUUCUGUGAGGAUGGUUGGACCAAUUGUACUUAUAUAGGUGCAUCAUGGCUUACUGUUGACCAACGUUGGCCCUUGUCUUCCGUACGCUGAGGCAUCGUUCCUACAACGUCUUGCUUGCAGUACAUUGUACAAAUUAAGGAACC